CCCCCCGAAUCCUCGCCUCUCGGUGGGCUCCCUGAGCCGGGUCUGGGAGAUCUCUGACCCCACCGGGCGCAUGUCCCGCCCCAUCCGUGGACACUUCCACCGCCAGAACCCUCCCAUUUCCUGGACAGUUUCUUGGUACUAAAUCAUCAUUAGUCAAGAUGUCUUCAGCACCUGAGCCUCCAGCCGUUAAAAAGGAGCCACCCAAGGAAAAAGACCUGGGAAACCCAGGGCUCAGAGGGGUCCGCACCACAACCUUAUUUCGAGCUGUGAAUCCAGAGCUCUUCAUUAAACCUAACAAACCUGUAAUGGCUUUCGGAUUGAUAACCCUUUCACUUUGUGUGGCUUAUAUCGGUUAUCUACAUGCGACACAGGAGAAUAAGAAGGACCUCUAUGAAGCUAUUGAUAGUGAGGGACACAGUUAUAUGAGGAGGAAAACAUCUAAGUGGGAUUAACAGUGCUGGUUACUGCAGAUGGAGCUUUACUGGGGACUCUGAAACCUGCAGGUGAAGAUUAGCGCCACACAGUGUCUUGUUUCUUGUUCUAGAAGACGCUACUGAGGAGGAAGGAUGGCGGCUGCAGCCAAGCCACUAUAGUGAACGUUGUCCUUUCAAAACCGUAGCCAUUAUCGCAUUCUUUUUCCACAGAAAGAGCUGCUCAGUAUUUUUCCUUGACUAAAUCCUCUUGUAAAAGUGCCAUGAGAAUGGAAGUCACUUUCGUGAAUUAAGUUCUAUAUAAUAAAAAGUACCGAUGCUCUUAAAUUUACAUGGUAUUUUUAACAUUUUAAGGGGAAUUGUGCAUUUACAACUGUUGUGAGUGUUUAGUUUGUUUUGCUGUUUGCAAGGACAGUGUUCAUUUUCUACCUGGCAUAGAACUGAUAUUUGUGAGGAAAGAAGUAAUUGUAAAUUAUCGUAAAGCCUGCAGUUAAAAACAAAUAGUUUUUACAGAGUCACAGAUGGGUCUCAUAUUUCGAUGUUCCAUUUCAGCUAAUUUUGGUCCAGAAUUUUAUUUUAAUUGAAAAGAUAGUCCCAUUCAACUACUAAAAUAAAGAUUAAAUGAGAGAAUAACCCAAAGUAAUUGGAGUUUUUCUUUUUUUAAAAAGAAAGUAUGUUAUACUGAAUAUGAUGUUUUUAUUUGACUACAGUCGUUAUCUGUUUUGGUUUUUGUAAAUUAAUGUUACAAUGAUAUUAUAAAUGUAGACCAAAUGUUCUUACAGUUAUUUAAAAACUAGAACUACUCAAUAGAUAAGAAAAGAAGGUCUGGUUUUAAAAUAACCAUAAGAACAUGGGUUUACCUCAUAUAUAUAUACCUUUCUGAUGAGUGUUCUAGACCUGUUUCAUUUCUAGAUAUUUACCGCAUUCUCCAAGUCAUUGGAUUUGGAGCUCAGUAAUAAAGCUCAUCUCUGAAAUUUUGUUUCAUUUAUUAUUAACAAGUAAAAUAAUUGCACAGGCAGAUCAUCAUAAUGUAAUAUUUAAUUUCCAGUGCUUUAUUGUGGUUUUGCAAGAUACAUGAAAAUGUAAUUAUGUCUGAUUUGUAAAUAUUAAAGAGCUUAGCUAAUUAUCUACAUGCAACUAAAUUAAAUCUUUACUACUGAGCCCUAAAUAUUUCUUUGCUAGGUGUCUCUGUAUAGUACACUUCAAAUAGUUUAAAAUGCACUUAGGAGGUAUAAAAUGCCUUUUAAUUUAAAGUGUUAUCUUUUGCUGUUGGUUAUUAAAGAACUAGAGUUCUUCUGUUUUCAA